AUGAAGGAUACCAGAGACCCGGGGAGCUUAGAUGCUCCAGCUUUGGACCAUCGCACCCCUCAUCAUGACGACUCCGAGGUUAUCGCCGAGCUGACCGUCGUUGACGACACUCACGAUGAUCCCGUAGUAGCACGGGACGGCGACGACGUCGACGUCGAGGCCAAGAGGCAGAAGGAAGAGUCUGUAUCGUGGGGUGAUUUGCCUCGGAAGGAUCAGCUUGUUGUGAUAACAUUGGCUCGACUUAGUGAACCUCUUGUUCAGACAUCUCUUCAGGCCUACGUAUUCUACCAACUGAAAUGGUUCGACCCCUCCCUCCCCGACUCAGCCAUAUCGACCCACGCCGGCGCUCUGCACGCCAGCUUCACGGCCGCGCAGUUCGUCACGGCCAUGCUGUGGGGUCGGGUGGCCGACUCCCCGCGCGCGGGACGCAAGGCCGUCAUCCUCGUCGGCCUGACGGGCACCAGCCUGUCCUGUCUCGGCAUAGGCUUCUCCACGGCCUUCUGGCAGGCCCUCGUCUUCCGUACGUUGGGUGGUAUAACGAAUGGUAAUGUUGGAGUUAUGAGAACCAUGAUCAGCGAAAUCAUCAAUGAAAAGAAAUACCAGUCGAGAGCGUUCCUGCUCCUCCCAAUGACGUUCAACGUCGGCGUCAUCAUCGGCCCCAUCCUAGGCGGCAUCAUGUCCGACCCGGCGGGCAGCUAUCCGGACGUGUUUGGCGGCAUCGCCUUCUUCGAAAAGUACCCGUACGCGGCGCCCAACAUACUCAGCUUCGUCUUCCUCGUCUUCUCCGCCGCCGGUGUCUGGCUCUGUCUCGAGGAGACGCUAGGUUCCAUCGCCGUCGCCGGCUCCUCGGGCGGGGACCUGGGACUCAGGCUGGGUCGCGGCCUGGCCUCGCUUCUCAGCCGGUGCCUCGGCCGUGGGCCGCUGCGGAGAGAGGGCGGUCAUUACACCGCCGUCCCCACCGCGGAUCACGACAACGACGAGUCCAUCGAGAUUGACCCUGCUCCCGCUCCCGCUCCCGAUUCUGAUCCGGCUGCGGCAAACUUGAAGACGAGGGGUGGCGGUAGACGGUUCACGAACCACCUGCCCUUCCGACGGAUAUUCACGCGCAACGUCGUGCUGACGCUGAUAUCCCACUUCUUCAUGUCCCUGCACAUCGGCACCUUCAACUCCCUGUGGUUCGUCUUCCUCUCCACGCCCGUCUACGACGCCGACAGGUCGUCGCACGCCACGCGGCUCCCCUUCCGCUUCACGGGCGGGCUGGGCCUGGCCCCGCAGUCGGUCGGGCUGGCCAUGGCCACGCUCGGCGUCAUCGGCAUAACGAUGCAGCUGGUGCUGUACCCGCGCGUGGCCGCCCGUCUGGGCACGGUGGUGUCGUGGCGCCUGUCCCUGUGCUGCUUCCCCCUGGCCUACUUCCUGGUGCCGUACCUGUCCGUCGUGCCGAGCGCCGCGCCGCCGCCCGAGGCCAAGUCCGGCCCGGCCGUGUGGGUGGCUCUGUUCUGCGUGCUGUUCAUCCAGGUCCUCGGGAGGACCUUCGCCCUGCCCGCCCAGACGAUCCUCAUCAACAACUGCUCGCCGCACCCGAGCGUUCUGGGUACCGUGCACGGGAUAGGCCAGAGCGUCAGCAGCGGCGCGCGCACCAUCGGUCCCAUGGUCGGCGGCUUGGUCUACGGCCUGGGGCUGGAUGCCGGCGUCGUCGGCGUCGUGUGGUGGGCUAUGAGUGCCGUUGCUGUCCUAGGUUUCCUGGCUAGUCUGUUUGUCCGCGAGGGUGACGGCCAUGAGAUUUGGCUGGAGGGAGAUCAGGAGGAAACAUGA